AAAUUCCUUUUCAUGGGGCGGGUUUCCCAUUUAUUAUGUAGCAGUGAUGUUUGGGAGUGAAAACAAGUUACAGUGAGGUGCAUUAUAGAAGGAAGGAGGAGGCUCCAUGGAGAACCAAAGCAGCAACCAAAUUGAGCCAAGGAUGGGCCGCAGAUUAUUGCUCUUUCCCCUUCCCCUCCAAGGCCACAUAAAUCCCAUGAUGCAGCUAGCAAGUAUUCUCUAUUCCAAAGGUUUCUCCAUCACCAUAAUCCAUACCAAUUUCAACUCUCCCAACCGUUCAAAUUACCCGCACUUCACCUUCCAUUUCAUCAAUGAAAACCUGUCUGAAGGUGAAAAGUCUGCCUCAGAUAUUGCUGCUAUUGUUCAGCUGCUUAACGUUAGAUGUGUUCGGCCUUUUCACGAUUGCUUGGUUAAGUUAUUAUCUGAUGUUUCUGAAGAGCCUAUUGUCUGCUUGAUCUCUGAUGCUAUUUGUCACUUUACUCAUGCUGUUGCUAAUGAGCUUAAGCUCCGGAGGAUGGUAUUGAGGACUGGAGGUGCAACUUCCUUGCAUGUUUUCUCCACCUUUCCUCUUCUGAAGGAGAAGGAGUACCUUCCUGUGAGAGAUUCUCAAUUAGAAGAACCGGUGGUAGAGCUUCCACCUCUCCGAGUCAAAGACCUUCCAGUCUCCAAGACAAGUGAUCCAGAAGAUCUUUAUCAAGUGGUAGUUGAAAUGGUCAAUGGAACCAAGGCCUCUUCAGGAGUCAUAUUGAAUACUUUUGAAGAUCUGGAGCAACCUUCCCUAGCUAUCUUACGCCAGGCAUUUGGCAUCCCAGUGUUCCCAAUAGGUCCCUUUCAUAAACGCUUUCCAGCUUCUUCAAGCAGCUUAUUAACACAAGAUGAAAGCUGUAUCUCUUGGCUAGACAAACAAGAACCCAGAUCAGUAAUUUAUGUUAGCUUUGGAAGUAUUGCAGCAGUAAAUGAAUCUGAAUUCUUAGAGAUAUCCUGGGGUCUAGCUAAUUGCAAGCAGCCCUUCUUGUGGGUGGUUAGGCCUGGAUCAACCAGCAGAUCUGACUGGCUUGAAACGAUGCCAAAAGAGUUCUUAGAAGCUUUGGACAUUAGGGGACACAUAGCGAAAUGGGCUCCUCAACAAGAAGUGUUGGCUCAUCCAGCAGUUGUGGCAUUUUGGACUCACAAUGGCUGGAAUUCAACCUUGGAGAGCAUAUGUGAAGGAGUUCCUAUGAUUUGCAUGCCUUGUUUCACCGAUCAAAGGGUUAAUGCCAAAUAUGUAAGUGAUGUUUGGGGAGUUGGUGUGCAAUUAGAGAAGCUGGAGAGAGAGGAGAUAGAGAGGACAAUCAAUGGACUGAUGUUAGAGACAAAGGGGGAAAAGUUAAGGAGCAGAAUAUUGCAUUUGAAAGAGAAGGCGACUCAAUGCCUACGUCAAGGCGGUUCUUCAUACCAGUCACUGGAGAGUUUGGUUACUCAUAUUUUAUCAUCUGAAUUAUUUACUAAACAUACUAAAUAACAUGUCCUAGGUUAUAUUUUACCUAGUUUGAUUGGAGAUGCUAUAAACCCCUUGUGCUUAGCUAUGGGGUUUUAGUUCUUUUCUCAUCUUAUGCUGGUUGCUGAAGUCUUUUUACCCGUGUCGUAUUUCAUUUUGAGUUCUAUCCUACUGAAAUAUAAGUCUCAAUAAUUG